UGAAGAUCUCCCGGUGCUCCUCACAUCGCCGUCCAACCCCAGGCUCGGUGACGGUGGAAGGCGAGCCUCUUUAGCUAAGUAUCGUUAGCGUUUCAGAUGUGACUAGAUUGGGCUGCUGUACUGCUGUGGUGCCUUCAUGGACCCGUGACAAGUUUGACUGGAUUGCCAUUUUCCCAUCUACUUGUAGCCUACUGCUUUUGACCCGCGCUCUAUUGAAUGUUGAGACACCAUGAUCCAGCUGGAGGAGGACGACUGCGCAUCCCCAGUAGACACCAUGGAUACCAAAAGGCACUCCGCUGAAAGGUGACCUGCAGACACUUCACCUCCCCAAAACAUUUGAAUAUGCCAGGACAUAACAAUGAGCUCCAACAUCACAGACCCUGAUCUCUUCCUAACUGCAAACACCUCACUACCAGCAGCUGGAGCCUAUCCACAAUCCAAUGCUCUCCACCAAGGAGGUAGUGGAUUAGGACCAUGGAUGGUUUUACAUUUGAAUACUCCGGUUGAAAAUUCCUCUUCCAUCAUCAAUCUCUUAAACUACACCGCAGACUCCCAAAAUAAAAACGUAACUGAGUCCCAUGGUCCCUCGGGUGGCCAUCCUUUAUGGCAGGUUGUACUCAUUGUCUUGCUGACAGGCAUGCUGUCAUUGGUCACCGUCAUUGGCAACAUCCUGGUGGUGGUAUCCUUCAAGGUUAACCGCCAGCUCAAGACGGUCAAUAACUACUUCCUGCUGAGCUUGGCUGUGGCUGACCUCAUCAUAGGGAUCAUCUCCAUGAACCUCUACACCGCUUAUCUUGUGAUGGGCUACUGGGCCAUGGGCAACUGGGCCUGUGAUAUGUGGCUGGCUAUAGACUAUGUGGCCAGCAAUGCAUCAGUCAUGAACCUACUGGUCAUCAGCUUUGACCGCUACUUUUCAAUCACCAGGCCUUUGACCUACAGGGCCAAACGGACCACAAAGCGAGCUGGGAUUAUGAUCGGCCUAGCCUGGUUUGUUUCCCUUGUUCUGUGGGCUCCAGCCAUCCUACUAUGGCAGUUUUUUGAGGGUCAAAGGACAGUACCCUCAAAUGAAUGCUACAUUCAGUUCCUCACAGAGCCUACUAUAACUUUCUGCACAGCUAUAGCGGCUUUUUACCUGCCUGUGACGAUAAUGAGUGUUCUCUACUGGCGUAUUUACCAGGAGACCCAAAAUCGCUCAAAGGAGUUAGCUGAGUUGCAGGGUUCAGGAAGUCGUGGUGGGAUAGGAGGAAGAGGCGGGAAUGGUGGGGGUGAGAGAGCCCGUUUUGUCCACCAGACAGGAAGUUCUAGAAGUUGCAACAGCUAUGAGCUGACCAGGUUGUCCCGGAGAAAAAGCACAUGUCGGGAGCUGGUUGGCCACUUCCGCUGCUGGCCUGGGGUUCGUUCUUGGAGGCCUGGUAGUACCCGGCAGGGGGAGGCUGAUCCAGACCAGAGCAGCAGUGAUAGCUGGAACAACAAUGAUGCUGCAAUCUCGUUGGACCAUUCUGGGUCUUCAGAGGAAGAGGAUUGCGGGGGGAAAGAGAUGAUUUCCCAGAGUCAUGCUAUUUUCUCUAUUGUUCUCAGCUUGCCUGGUAUAAAAGCUGCUGUCAACUCCCAACUCACCUCAUGUGAGGAUCUGGAUGCAGCGUCAGAGCAGGAUCCCCUCAGGGGAGCAGAGUUUAACCAAGACAGCCUGUCAACAGUCACCACCAACACCACUUCCGCCACUACGCCCGAUGGAGGAACCAGUUCAGAAAAUAGCUACCACCAACGCUUCUGCUCACGCAAGAUUAAGUCAAUAACUACCCUGCAGGGCACUUCAAACCAAGUCUUAGAUGGUUCUCUAACAACUACCACCACUGUCACUGACAGUUCUACUACCAGCACCACCACCAAAUCCCCCUCUGUCCCAAUGUCUUUUAAAGAGGCAGCUCUGGCAAAACGUUUUGCAUCCCGAGCUCGGACUCAGAUCACCAAGAGGAAGCGCAUGUCCUUAGUAAAGGAGAAGAAGGCAGCUCAAACUCUCAGUGCCAUUCUCUUUGCAUUCAUCAUCACAUGGACCCCGUACAACAUCAUGGUACUGAUCAAUGCCUUCUGUAAAGUGUGCAUCCCGGAGACCCUAUGGGCAGUAGGGUACUGGCUGUGUUACGUCAACAGCACAGUCAACCCCAUGUGCUAUGCCCUGUGCAACAAGACUUUCCGUACAACCUUUAAAAUGAUACUGAUGUGCCGCUGGGACCAGAAAAAAAGGAGGAAGCAGCAGUUUCAACAGAGGCAGUCAGUGGUAUUCCACAGGAGGAUUCCCAGGGAGUCCACGUAAAGGAAGUUUGGAUGGUUGAUAACAUGGAAUCAAAAGAUUUAAUAUAGGACAAGGAAAAGACAGAAGCAACCAUUUAGUUGUAUCUGUGGAGUGUAGUUGCUUAGAGAUCCUUAAUGUGUUUUUCUGCUGGUAUGUCAAGCACAGCAUCUCCAUGUGGUGGUCUUUAGAUAUGUGUUUGUGUUGGUGCAUCCAUUUAGCAAAGCUACAGUUGCGUAAAGGGCUGUGUAGGUUGAGAUUCAGAGAUGAAAACUUUCCCUCUGUCCUUAAAUAACUCUUUAUCAUGUCACUUUCAUGCAGUCUAAAGAAAAUGAACUAAGUGGAAAACAAUAGAAAAGGGCUUUAAAAUGCAUUGCAGGAGCAUUUUGAAAGUGCAAUUGACACAGAGUGAAAGGAUCUUUGUUAUAGGGUUGGGGAUUCACAUUUCCUAUCAUUUGUCAUUGUGGGUAACUAGAUAUGUUAAAUGCAGAAUGGUUUUGCAUUUCAAACAAAACUCAUUAUUUGUAAAACUCCUGAAAGCCAAGACAAAAACUAUUUUAAGUUCACAGGCUUUGUCAUUAUACUGAUUUGACCUGCCACCGUCUUGACUGGCAUGUGUUUUUAUCAGAACUUCUGUAUAUUGCCUUUCUACAUGGAUAUAGCUUUCCUAUGUCUGAUGAAAUAUAAAAGUUCUUGAAUUGUGUAUUUACUUUCAGUCAAAAGAGAUCUGUUAUUUUUGUGAUAAUCUUUUUUUGUUUUUUAGAUAUUCCUGAGAUUUUGAGCCAGUCUGAAAAUAAUAAUUCUGAUGAAUUGAGUUGUGAAUAUUUUGUGUGGCACCACAGUCAGUGAACUGCUGUUGUGUUCAAUGUUAUUAUUGUGGUUUUUAUGGUGGAGACAAUGAGUGCAUUGGUUGUGUUUUAUGUACUUGCAGUUCUCUGUCAAGAGUAAUGAUUAUACAUUAAUGAUAUUCUAUUUGUGUACAUUUGGAUAUUUCUGACUUGAUACUCAAUAAUUGAUUACAAACACAAAGAUGUUCAUUUAGAAAGAUGUGUGUUUUGAUUUUACACAAUCUCUUAGAUUUCUACAAAACGAUACAUCUAAGGAACAUUAUGUAAAGGCCACCCAUCUUUGAUAUAGUAGAGCAAUGGCAGGCUCUAGUGGCUUGAGAAUGAUCUGUUGUCUAGGCUUGUAUUUCUGUCAACUUCUACAGUCCAGCAUCACUCCCAUUCUGCCAAUAUGUGUGCACGUAGUUGGGCAAAGAUUAUUUAUAUGUUAAGCCUUUAUGGCUUAUAGUUAAUACAUUUCUAGAUA